AUGUUCAAGGACACGGAGCGAUAUGUCAAAGAGUGUGUGGAUUGUGUCACGGCUAAGGGAUUACCCCGGAACCCAGGCUCAUCACCCGGCAACUUGCUGGCUACGCGGCCGUUCCAAGUCGUCUCGAUGGACUUCGUCGUACCUUUGCCUCAGUCAGCCCGAGGGAACACAGCACUACUCUUGUACCAGUGCCCGUUCUCGGGAUUCAUCAUGUGCAAAGCCAUGGCGAGCACUGAGGCCCAGGAUGUGGCCGAAGCUUACGAAGAAUGCGUGUUCCGGAGGUUCAGGGCCAGCGAAAUGAUCCGCCACGACCGAGACCCACGAUUAAUGGGUCGGGUUUUCAAGCACUUCCGGGAGAUGCCCGGGAGCAGGCAGUGCGCGACCCUGGCCUACCGCCCCCAGGCGAACGGGCAACAGGAGAGGUCAGUGCAGACAGUGAUCCGAAGUGUCAAGGCAUACGUCCAGACGGUAGGCCAGAGCGACUGGGACGAGUUAGCCGAAAAACUCAUGUGGGCGCUGAACACCUCCUUCGACUUCACCCGACUCGAUACGCUAUUCUACUUAGCGCACGGUUGGGACGCCCAGAGCACCGUCGGAGCCAUGAUGGGGACUUUCCCCGGGACGUCCAACUCCGAGACGCCCAGGGAUGGCGCACUGAGAUCCAACGCCAAGUCGAGUAUGCCCGAGCCUGGUCCCGGGACCUCCAAGUGA